AUGGCCACGAGCCUCAGCAAGGACGAUCCUCGGCCGCUAAGUCCGCUGUCCACUCAGCAGACCACGCUCCUGCUACUCCUCUCGGUGCUGGCCGCCGUGCACAUGGGCCAGUGGCUGCUCAGGCAGCGGCGGCGGCAACGGGGAUCCGCGCCCCCGGGCCCCUUCCAGUGGCCGCUGAUCGGAAACGCGGCGGCGGUGGGCCAGGCUGCGCACCUCUCGUUCGCGCGCCUGGCGCGGCGCUACGGCGACGUCUUCCAGAUCCGCCUGGGCAACUGCCCGGUGGUGGUGCUAAACGGCGAGCGCGCCAUUCACCAGGCCCUGGUGCAGCAGAGCACCGCCUUUGCCGACCGGCCGCCCUUUGCCUCCUUCCGCGUGGUGUCGGGCGGCCGCAGCCUGGCUUUCAGCGGGUACUCGGAGCACUGGAAGGUGCAGCGGCGCGCGGCGUAUGGCACGAUGCGCGCCUUUUCCACGCGCCAGCCGCGUAGCCGCCGCGUCCUCGAGGGCCACUUGGUGGGCGAGGCGCGCGAGCUGGUGGCGCUGCUGGUGCGCGGCAGCGCAGGCGGCGCCUUCCUCGACCCGAGGCCGCUGACCGUCGUGGCCGUGGCCAACAUCAUGUGCGCCGUGUGCUUCGGCUGCCGCUACAGCCACGACGACGCCGAGUUCCGCGAGCUGCUCAGCCACAACGAGGAGUUCGGGCGCACGGUGGGCGCGGGCAGCCUGGUGGACGUGCUGCCCUGGCUGCACCACUUCCCCAACCCGGUGCGCACCGCCUUCCGCGAGUUCGAGCAGCUGAACCGCAACUUCAGCAACUUCGUCCUCGACAAGUUCCUGAGGCACCGCGAAAGCCUCCGGCCCGGGGCCGCCCCGCGCGACAUGAUGGACGCCUUCAUCCUCUCCGCGGGAAAGAAGGCGGCCGGGGACUCGGGCUACGGUGGCGCGCAGCUGGACCUGGACAACGUGCCGGCCACUGUCACUGACAUCUUCGGCGCCAGCCAGGACACCCUCUCCACCGCGCUGCAGUGGGUGCUCCUCCUUUUCAGCAGGUAUCCCGACACGCAGGCUCGAGUGCAAGCGGAGGUGGAUCAGGUUGUGGGGAGAAACCGUCUGCCCUGUAUGGGCGACCAACCCAAGCUGCCCUACGUCAUGGCCUUUCUUUAUGAAGCCAUGCGCUUCUCCAGCUUUGUGCCUGUCACCAUUCCUCAUGCCACUACUGCUAAUGCUUCUGUCUUGGGCUACCAUAUCCCCAAGGACACUGUGGUUUUUGUUAACCAGUGGUCUGUGAAUCAUGACCCAGUGAAGUGGCCUAACCCGGAGGACUUUGAUCCAACCCGAUUCCUGGACGAAGAUGGCUUCUUUAACAAGGACCUGGCCAGCAGCGUGAUGAUUUUUUCAGUGGGCAAACGGCGGUGCAUCGGUGAAGAGCUCUCUAAGAUGCAGCUGUUUCUCUUCAUCUCCAUCCUGGCUCACCAGUGCAAUUUCAGGGCCAACCCAGACGAGCCCUCGAAAAUGAAUUUCAGUUAUGGCCUGACCAUUAAACCCAAGUCAUUAAAAAUCAACGUCACUCUCAGAGAGUCCAUGGAGCUCCUCGAUAGUGCUGUCCAAGAAUUACAAGCUGAGGAAGCUGGUCAGUGA